GUGUUUCCUUAAUUCGCGUAUUCCAAUUUCAAAUGAAAAUAGCAAUCGAAGGCUGCGCUCAUGGAGAGCUGGAAAAGAUCUACGACCUUAUUGGUACCAUCCAGGAGGAGCAAAGCAUAACCGUUGACCUGCUAAUAUGCUGCGGAGACUUUCAAUCCACGCGGAACUUGCAGGACUUGCAGUGUAUGGCCGUGCCACCAAAGCACUUGGACAUGGGCAGUUUUUACAAGUACUACAGCGGAGAGAAAGUAGCCCCAAUUUUGACGCUUUUCAUAGGUGGGAACCAUGAAGCGUCAAAUUACCUCCAAGAACUACCCUACGGCGGGUGGGUAGCACCCAACAUCUAUUACCUGGGAUACGCCGGAGUGGUCGACUGCAACGGUGUGCGCAUCGGUGGUAUUUCGGGAAUUUUCAAGGGCCACGACUUUCACAAGGGUCGCUUCGAGUUCCCGCCGUACACGGAAGCAACAAAACGUAGCGUUUACCACCAACGGCACAUCGAUGUGUUUCGGUUGAAGCAGUUAGGCCCCGGUGUUGACAUAAUGCUAUCGCAUGAUUGGCCCCGCGGCAUUACGGCGCACGGAAACGUGGCACAGUUGCUACGCUUCAAACCCGCUUUCCGCGAGGAUAUCGAAAGCAAUCGACUGGGCAGUGGACCAUGUGAGGCUGUGCUUCGAGAGCUUCAACCUCCGUACUGGUUUGCAGCUCAUUUGCACUGCAAGUUUGCUGCCCUCGUCGAGCAUCCGGAUGGGCAGCAGACCAAGUUUCUGGCGCUCGACAAGUGCCUGCCAAAGCGACGCUUUCUGCAAAUUCUUGACAUUCCCACGCCGGACGAGCAAGAAGAGAAGGAACAGAGAGAGCGUAAAGUUCGGUUGCGAUACGAUCUCGAAUGGCUAACGGUGCUAAACCUUACGAACCAUCUGAUCAGUGUGAGGCCUACGAACGGCUACAUGCCGGGUGCGGGCAGCGACGAGCGGUUUAACUUCACACCAACCGAAACGGAAAAGGCGAAAGUUUUCCGUUGCUUCGAUGGUGAUCUAACGAUACCGGAUAAUUUCGCCCGUAUCGCCGAACCGUACCGAUCGCUCGCCGAUGAUGAUUCACUUGAUAUGUCUUGUGUCGAGCAACCGGCGGCAUUCGUUAACCCGCAGACAACGAUAUUUUGCGAUAAGCUAAAUAUUGACGAUCCGCUCCGGUUGGCCAUGCUUAUGACGGGCCACUCCUUGAACAAGUCCUCUUUCGUGGACAGUCUACCGACGAAGCCCGUAGAUGCUGGUUCCCGAAAUGCUGACGAGCUAAAUGUUGACGAUGACGAAGAUGAUGGUACUGAAGAAGAAGCAACCACAAAUGAUACUAACACCGCAGCGAUGGUAAUAGAAAAGACUUCCCUUGCGUCUACUCUGCCCCAGCCCAAGUGGCGACCACAGGAUUCGAAUGACGAUUCCGAUCUGUCGACGACACUGAACGACGAUUCCAUUAACCUGUCCGCCAGCAACGUUAGCGCUCUCAGCUUACCGACGCCCCAGAAAUUGGGUGACAGUGUUUCAGAAACGUUGCCAGUGGAUGAUUUAAACUUGUCUAGUCCGGUGCCAGACCCUUCCGGCACCGUCACGGCACAAUCUCCAGGAGCUCCGGGCAUUCCGCCUGUAAAAAAGUUCAAAAGAAGAAAUCAAACAAUCUAUGCGAACGAUGAGGGCGAUUGAAGUCUUCGGAAACAGCAAUUAAA